UUGAUGCGGCGCAUAUUGAAGAAUUUUUAAUUAUUCCUUUUAAUACUUCAAGAAUUUACCGUCUAAAUCAUCCCAGUUAAGGUAAGGGCGUAAGUUAACCCUGCAAAAGUUAUGAAAAGUGAUUAUUUAUUAUGUUCAUAUAUAUUUUUCCUAUAUCACAGCCAUGUUGAAGUAGUGUUGAUUUUAUAAGUUUUCGUCGGUUUACUAGAAAGUUAAAGUUUAUUGAAGUUCACAAGUACGUGUGACCAGACACGAGUUUAGUUUGUGUUGUGUUAAUAAAGUUUAAAAGUCCUUACAAAAUGAAAAGUGAUCUAAAGUGCUGCCGAUUCAGGCGUCGAGGCGUCAUCUUCAAGAAAUGGACUCUGAAGACUCUCGAGAUGCUACGGGAGAUGCUCAAUCAACUUCAAGCAGUAGUAGUUCCAGUUCAAGAAGUAGGCGAAGUUCGUCUUCAGAUAGUUCAAAGAAAGAGCCUAAAACCCCACCCCGUUCCCCUCAGUCACCAAGAUUUAAUGGACCCAAAUCUCCCUCACCAGAUAGUCGUUCCCAAAUAUCUGAAAGGUCUGCUAACACUGGUAAACCCCCUCGGUCGCCUGAUAACUUGAGUGAAGCACACUCUGACAUAAAUUCUCCAGAAAAUUCUAUGCCUGCCUCACCUGCAGGCCCUAAAUCACCUGAUGGUCCAAAAUCACCUAGUGAUAUUGGCUCGAAUAUUGGUUCACCAGAAAACCCUGAUCAGUAUUUAUCUGCUCCACACUCUGUUGCAGAAGGCCCUAAAACUCCACAGUCGCGUGGCAGUUCUAUUAAAUCCCCACCAGCCUCUCCAUCAAAUAGGUCCCGACCAAUUACACCAGACUCUGCAUCUCAAGUCACAUCACCUAGGAACCGUGAACCAAGGUCUCCAAGCGGUAGCCCAUCGCCUGAUAGAGGAUCUUAUCAGUCCUCACCACCUAGGUCACCAAUCAAAAAAAAUGAUUGGAGUCCUAAAGAAAAAUGGCGAAGGCAUACAAAAGCUGAACAGAAAAUGGUCUCAAUGCCUCGAAAUAGAAGUAGAUCUGAAUCAAGCCAGUCAAGUAGAAGUUCUACAUACAAUAAAAGGCCAAGCAAUAAAGAUACAGCAACUGAAGCUAUUUCUGAUGGGGAAAUGGAAUCUGAUCAAGAAGAUAGCAAGUUGCGAAGCAAGUCAUUGUCUAGGGAUAAGCAGGACAAGGACCUUAACAUUAGCCAUGAAGAUUUAUCUGAUGUUUCUGAUGAUUCAGAUGGACCAGACAAUACAGAUAAACAGACAAAGAGUAAACCAAAACCACAAUCACCAGACAAGAAAAAUGAUGUCAUUAACGGGAAUGAUGCUACAAGUGCACUUUCAUCACCAAAGUCAGAAAUUGAAAAUGAUACUCCAAAAUUAGAUAAAGUGCCUCAAGAAAAAACAAGUAACAUAGAAGAUGGCGAGGAACAGUUGGACUUUGAAGCAGAAGAAGGUGAAUGUAUCGAACCUGCUAAAACCAAAGACCAGACAAAUGGAGAUGUCGAGCCACAGGGUGUAAAAGCAGAGGAUGUGAAAGCUGCUCGUCGUUCCCGAGGCUCAUCACUGGAGGAAGGGGAAGUCUCGGAUGAGGCAGAGCGGAGACCAGAAGAGAGCGAGCCCAGACCUGUGUGCAGGUUCUUCUCCAGAGGAGCUUGCACUUGGGGCAAUAGUUGCAGGUUUCUCCACCCGGGUGUGACGGACAAAGGCAACUACAACAUGUUCGACGUGGUGCGCGGCGUGCCGCCUGCCGGUGCCUUCCCCGCGCCGCGAGACGCCGCGCCGCCCGAGUCAGCCUGGGAGCGCGGCCUGCGAACAGCUAAAGAGAUGCUGAGAAUAGCGAACAAGCGCAAAGAGCAAGACAUGGACUUCGAGGAGAAGAAGCUUCACCUGUCGGUGGGCGGCGUGGUGCACGACCCGGACGCGGAGCUGGCGUACGCGGCCGCCGCCGUGGGCGCGUCGCCGCCGCACGACGUGCCCGCCGCGCACCGCGACCCCGACAUGUACAGACCUGGACCGUAUGGUGGUGUGAUGUACCGCGGCGGGCGGUUCCCGCGUCCGCCCAUAGACGAGCGCGAGCGGUUCUUCGAGCGGGAGCGGGUUUACGAGCGGGAGCGGGCGUACGAGCGGCCGCCAUACUACGACGAGCACAUGCCCGCGCCGGAAGAUGUACCCUACCAUAAGAGACGCGUACGAUCAUCACGCGAAGUUAUAGUCCAACGCGCCGAGGUGGAAAGACGUGAAGCGCGCGAAGGUCGUGAGGUCCGAGAGACCCGCGUCAGGGAGGGUCGCGAGGGUCGCGAGGGUCGUGAGGGCCGUGAGGGUCGCGAGGGUCGUGAGGGUCGCGGGGACGAGUGGGCUGACCCUUGGAUGCGAGCCGAGCCCGCCGCCCGCCGAAGGAAACCGCAUUCAUCGGAGGAUUCGUACUCGUCUUCUAGCUCUUCAAAUUCCAGUUCGCGUAGUACAGGCAGCCCCGGCGCGCGCCGCAAGCGACGGGCUUCGUCCUCGCGUCAGAGGUUAUCGCCAUCGGUGAUCGUGCGUGAGCGUCGGUUGGCGACCGCUCGCGCCACCGCCAUGAACCCGCCCGCGCCGCGCAGACGUGCUCCCUCGCCGGCUGCUGCGAGGCAACUGAGCGCUAACCCACCUCCGCCCACACAACAUCGGCAUAAGGAUGAACUGGAUCCAUACGGACGCAGCAAAGAUUCCAGUCGCAAUAGAAAUAGGAAAAAAUACUCACGGUCAUCGUCAUCUGGUUCAGAGUCGUCGACAACGUCGAGCGAAUCGGAGAGCGAGUCGCGUUCGUCGUCAUCGUCGGGCAGCUCAGGGGCGCGCCGCGCUCGCCACGCGCGCCUGCUCAACGCUGCCGCGCGCCCACGGAUAAAUCCUAAAUCAAAUGCCGGCCUAGCAGCUGCAGUGUCGACGGCGACUAGCAAAAAAGAAACGUCGAUUGAGAAAGAAGUGAUAAGCAAGAAGCGGUCGGCGACGUCGCCAGUGGGCGGGGCGGCGCCGGCCAAGAAGUCGGUCUCGCGGCGAGAGGAGCUGCUGAAGCAGUUGAAGGCGGUCGAGGAUGCCAUCGCCAGGAAGAGAUCCAAGAUUUAAUAGAGACCUGUGGAGCAUUGGCGAUAGACAUAUUAGUAACAGUAUCGAAAUUAAUGUACAUGACUUUGAUAAUAUAAUCCAAUAGUCAACAAUAUGUUAAUAUGGAUGCGUUACAGGAUUCUGUAAUCCAAAACUGCACAACACAGCGUUUAAACACAGCAGAGUACCUAAUUUGAGACAGCAAUGCUGUCUAAGUCUUUGGCGUGCACUUCAUAGAUGCAUAAACACAAUGCAUACCCUGAGAUUCAUUACCUAUAGCUGUAUACGAGGAGAAAGAGGAAUGGCCACUGGCUCAUACAAUAUCGGCCCAGGGAACCCAGGUAUACCCCCGUAUAAAAGUAUAUGGGGAUGAUAAUAUGAGGUAUAAAUAUACUACAGCCUUUCUUGAUGAGUACUGUUUACCAACAAAGAAAUUACAAAUAAGGGUAGAAAACGCAAGUCAUUUCAUAACUUAUUUAUUUUGAAUUAUGUAUUAUGUAUGGUUUGUAUAUAAAAUACUAAUAAACUAUAUCUAAUCAAACUUAUUUUCAUUAAUUUAAGAACAAGUUAAUUAUAAUUAUUAUUAGGUGUGAAAUGACUAGUGAUUUAUACCCACAUUUUUAAUUUGUUUGUUGGUGAACUAUACUCAUCAAGAAAGGCUGUAGUAUAGUUAAUUAAUUUCCUUAAUAAAAGUAUGUUUUUUUUUCAAUAUAUAUUUUUUAUAACUAUGUUGAUAUGGGCCAAAGCGGCGAAGUAACAUUUGAAGUUGUAUAAUUUUUUUUCUGUUACCACCAAGCUUAACAAACAAUCAAACCAAUCAUAAGUCUUCUAAAAAUAUCUUAAAACUCAGGCUGUAUGGCCAACGAUCUUGGCUUGUCCCUGUUGGACAAAUUAAAGAUGAAUUAAAAAUGACAUAAAACGUUGUAGCAAACUUUUUUUGAUAAAGUAAUGAUUUAAUUAUUAAAGUAGAAUUUUCAAGAUUUAUUUGGAUAUAAGUAAACUUUCGGGUGGUUAGGGUAGGCCUGGGCCGGGGAUGACCAUUCCCCUUUUCAAUCUUGUACAAUUAUUACAUAUAGAGCCUACCCAUGUUAAAAAGCUUAUGCACGCCACUGGCUAUAAGUGAGUUGGUUUUAUCUCUGCUCAGUUUUGAUCUGCCACUUUUGAAUCGCGUAUAAUUAAUAUGCACCUUUUGUCUGUUUGUAAGAAUAAAAAAAAAAUUAAAAGUUUGA